CAUCACCUCCGGAAGGCAGCGACAGAGGAGAGGAGAAGCGAGCUCAGCGCUCCAGAGCCCGCCGUUCGUUUUCGGGAACCGUGACGGGGAUGCAGCGGGGUGACCCGGCGGAGCCAUGGACCUGAAUGAGGCUUUUGGGCUGGUGGGGGAGUUCGGCCCCAGGCAGAAGAGACUCGCCGCCUUCCUGGUGCUGCUACAGGUGUUUGUUGCCUUUCAGUCUAUGCUUAUUGUGCUCGUGGGAGCUGUGCCAGAAUAUCAUCUUGACCAAGAAGGGAUUCUGACUAAUACAGAAGCUCUGGCAAAACAUGUCAGGUUUACCAGUAACUUCACUUCUAUAGCAACAGAGUGGUAUUUAAUCAAGCAUGAAGCAUACAAAGUGAACCUGGCCUCAUCCUUGUAUUUUGCUGGAUUGCUUAUUGGAAAUAUACUGUUUGGCCCAUUGUCAGAUAAACUGGGCAGAAAACCUGUAUAUCUAGCAGGGCUUUUCUUUGAUGUCAUUUUUGGAUAUGUCUCAGCAUUUGCUCUAAACUAUGAAAUAUUUGCAAUAUCACGCUUUUUUGUUGGAAUUACAAAUGGUGGCAUGUCUCUAGUGUCUUUUGUUUUAACACAAGAAUAUGUAGGAAAAUCUUUCUGGGCAAUGACAGGCUCGUUGACAAAUUUGACAUUUGCAGUUGGCAUAGCUGUUUAUGCCUUACUGGGGUAUUACAUAAGAGACUGGCGUCUUCUUGCCUUUGUAUCAAAUUCUCCAGGACUUUUCUUUUUCCUUCUUUCUUUCAUGCUUCCAGAAUCACCAAGAUGGUUAUAUUCCCAAGGCAGAACUGCAGAGGCAGAAAGUGUGCUGCAAUACAUGGCUCUUCAUAAUGGAAAAGACAGGCUGAUUGUGAAACUGAAGCAGUGCAAAGGAGCAGUAAAGAAGGACGAUUCCACACCUGGUGUCCUAAACCUGGUUACACAUCCAGUCCUUCGAUGGCGCACUGUCAUUUUGAUGUAUAUCUGGUAUGUGUGCAGCUUUGUAUAUUAUGGUUUAACACUGAAUGCUGGUGAAUUAGGAGGAAAUCUUUAUUUAAAUGUGGCUCUUUCUGGCCUUGUAGAAGUUCCAGCAUUUCCACUCUGCAUGUUCUUCAUUGAGAAAUCUUGGUCAGGAAGACGUAAAAGUACAGCUGCUUUUUUGAUAUUUGCAGGCCUUGCCUGCGUCUUUACCAUGUGCUUACCAGAAAAUAACAGGGGAUUUUUCUUCAGUCCCAGAAUUUUGGCUUUAUAUGGGAAAUUGACUGUAAGUGCUGCCUUCAACAUUGUAUAUAUUUAUACUUCAGAGCUCUAUCCAACAGUAGUAAGAAAUGCUGGUUUGGGUGUAUGCUCAAUGAUUUGUAGGUUUGGAGGAAUUUUGGCUCCAUUUGUUCCUUCCUUGAAAUCUCUUGGUCCGUCUGUACCAUUUGUAGUCUUUGGAAUCAGUGGAUUAUCAGCUGGUUUCUUGACACUUCUACUUCCAGAAACUCUGAACAAACCAAUUGCAGAGACUAUUGAAGAUUUGCAGAUGCCUGUCUAUCAAAUACUUAAAAGCAAAAAGGCAGAGUAAAUCGGUUAGAAGAAAACUUUUAGUAUUGCAAAAAAUAUCUUGGUUGAAAAUUUCAACAGCGCUUCAAUUGUUGAAGUAUGCUGCCAUCAAGAUUACCACAUUGCAACAUUCAAACCUGUUUUGAUAUUUCCGGCAUGAUCAAUGUCUCAUGUAAACAUAAGCUAUGAAGAUGUGGAGAGGGAGAGGUAAACAUUAAUGAGGAAAUUUAAGGGUCUAAAGAGAUUUUUCAAAUGCUGUCCACUGAAUGUUUUAAGACAUUCAUAAUUACUUGGUGAUUUCAUUUAGUAAACAAAGAGGAUAAUUAUUCUUUGAAUGCACAAAUUAUUGGGUAUUUGAUUAUAAUUCUAAAUAAGCAGUCAGAAAAAUGACCAGGUUAAUUGCAGUAUUCUGGGCUCAGCAUAUUAGAAUUAAUAAUAAAUACAGUGAGGCUUACAGUAUCUUCGAAGAUUAUUCAGGCCUGAAAUAUUCAAUUUUGUUUUGGUUCUUAAUUUUUACAGUGUCUCAUUGCCAAUAUUUUUAUAUUAAUGAUUUAGGAUGGUCUACAGUAUUUAUAAAAACCAAAGAAGUGACUUAGUACUGUUCCAACAGUUGCUAUAAUAUAUCUUAGUUGAACUAUAAAUUAAAGAGACUGUAUUGCCUAUUUGCUCUAAGAAACAGGUGAGUAGUCAGAUUGUAGGAUUUAUGUUUAGCAGGUAUCAUUUUCAUGUACCCAAGUAAAAACAAAAAGUGAGUCUAAAAAUCUACCACAUACGAAAAGCUGUGUUCUGAAGUCCUCUAGCACUAAAGGAAAUCAUCCCCGCUCCAAAACAUUAUUUGUCCGUGAACCUUCAGAAACUCCUGCAUAAACAGAAGUGUGAGAAGUGGAUGUCAUGGAACUGAUCCACUGUAAUGUGGUAGCACAAGCUCCUGCGCACCAGAAGCGCUUGAGGCCUUACAUGCACCCAUUUUUCUUUGAUUCAUAGUCCCUCGAAUGUAAUACAUGGCAACGCCAUUUCUUGUCAUUGUGUUUGUUUUUAUUUAUGAGGAGAAAUGUAGAGGUUAAAAUGGUUUUUCGACAGUUUGCUUUUCCCAGGGCCAGCAGUCAGCUGUUUUGAGGACUCAGGCCAACUUGUCAGUCUUUCCUUCAGAUCAUAUUUACCUCUAGCCAAGACUCACGUUGCAGAGUCUACAUUUACAGGUUGUGAUUUAAAAUUUACAGGUAGAUUUAAAAGGAAACAAUAAGCGUAGUAAAGAAAAAAACCUAGACUCCUGAAAUACAGACUUACUGUGGCUUAAAUAACUAUGUACCUUUUUUCAGUGCUCCCUAGUAACGUGGUGAGACUGCUCAGAUAUUUUUAGACUCUCUGCAUUCCAUUUUUAUAAGUUGGAAGUAAAAUAUACUUGAUAGAGCUAUUCUAGAUGUCAAUGUGUGCCCUUUUAAACCCAAAUGACUAGUUUUUAUAUCUAAUAUUGCUCAUGAUGGAAAACUUAAUAAAUUAUAUUUUUGUAAUAAAAUGCAAUAUAAAACCUUAAGAAAAAUAUUGUUCCCAUGGAAGCAGAAGUGAAUUGUGAAGGCAGUUUUCAUAUUAUUGCAAAAAGUCAUGUUAUGUUCUGCCCUUUUAUUUCAGUUUUGUAGAAAAUGGCUAAUAAAUGCAGUGGUUUCAUACUGUCAUGCUAA